UCAGCUUCAUUCUCCGUCGGAUCUGCAGGUGUGAGGAAACCUUAAUUUGAUGUGAAUUAUGUACUAGAAAUGUUACUAAUCUUUGUUGUAGAUUCAUUAUAAAGUGUAAAUAUCAGUGUGUUUUGGAAAAUCCGUAUCAACAAAGUGACAUGGCAUCGUUAGGUAAUGGACAGAUUCUGGAAAAUGGACUGAAAUUAUCAGCUGGUGAGGAGCCUUUGUUGAAAAAAUGCAAAUCUGAAGAUGGCUCACCGAUGGCUACAUUGCCUACUAUGGAUAUUACACCGGCUGAUUCUCAGAUGGAACAAACAGGGCCUGUCUUGGCAGGACCGGGUGCCUUGAGGACUCCAACUGGUAUUUUGGGUUUGGGUCUCAUGAAAUUGACAUCUGAACAGCAAGAAAUGGUAACAAAAGCUAAAAAGUAUGCCAUGGAACAGAGUAUCAAAAAUGUUCUUAUGAAACAGACCAUAGCACAUCAGCAACAACAACAGAAAACCCUACAGCGGCAUCAAGCUUUGGUCCUUAUGUGCCGAGUUUAUGUUGGUAGUAUAAGUUUUGAAUUAAAAGAAGAUACAAUACGACAAGCUUUCAUUCCUUUUGGACCUAUUAAGUCCAUUAAUAUGAGUUGGGAUCCAGUUACGCAGAAGCACAAAGGAUUUGCAUUUGUAGAAUAUGAACUUCCUGAAGCUGCGCAAUUGGCACUCGAUCAGAUGAAUGGAGUUAUGAUAGGUGGAAGGAAUAUUAAGGAAGUUGACCUGGCUACUUCUCAUAAGACAUUCUGCUGA